UUAAACUGUAUGAAAAACAUACUAAGAAGGAACCAAAGAGGACACGUGGCAUUCCAUUUUCCACAAACACAUUCCAAAAAAAAAAAAACAGAACCAGAGAGAGAGAACUAACAGAGGUAUCGACCAAUAAUGGAGUUGUGUUCGGUUUGGGUGGGAGUGGAGACUUUGCAUCUUCUUCAACUGAAACCAAAACCAAAACCAAAACCACUCUCUUUUCCUAAUCCUAGCUGCCAUGUUCAUCAAACUCGCCACUUAUGCGUUUCAGCCACCACUACCACCUCCGCCGCCACCACGGCCUUGGAGCAGGCUGGAGACGGCGGUAAGAGAGUGGUGGAGCUGGUCGGAGCCUUCAACCAACUCACACAUAGAAUGGGCUCCACCAGUUCCUCUUCAAUUCUCUUCAAGGCCCUUAAGCUCUCCAUUCCUCUUCUCCACGCUCUUCCUCUCGCCCCAGACGGCCGUUCUCCUCUCUCCAAGGCCUUGUCCGUCGCUCUACUCCUCGCUGAUCUUCAUAUGGACGCUGAAGUCAUCUCCGCCUCCAUCCUCCGCCAGCUGGUCCAGUCGGGGACUAUUUCAAUUACCCAUAUCAGGAAUCGGAUCGGCACCGGCACCGCCCAUCUCCUCCACGAGAGUCUCCGAGUCAAUAACCUUCCUUCCACUUUCAAAGACAUCGACGCCUUGGACGAACGAGACGCUUCUGCACUCCGCAAGUUUUGCCUCACUUACUACGACAUCAGAGCUCUCAUUCUCGAGCUCGCUCUCAAGCUCGACACCAUGAGGCAUCUCGACUACCUCCCUCGCUAUCACCAGCAAUUGCUUUCUCUCCAGGUAAUGAAGAUUCACGCACCUUUGGCUCAUGCCGUCGGGACCCAUCUCGUCUCCCUCGAGCUUGAGGAUCUCUGCUUUCGCUAUCUGUUUCCUUAUUCCUAUUUGUAUGUCGAUACUUGGCUGAGAACCCAUAACGAGGCUCAUGAGAUGGGAAAGGAUCAGUCUUUGAUUGACGUCUAUAGGGACCAGUUGCUGGUGUCUUUGAAAGCUGAUUCUUUGUUGGCUGAAAUGGUUACUGAUAUCUUCGUUAAGGGUCGGUAUAAGAGCAGAUAUAGCACUAUGAAGAAGCUCUUGAACGAUGGCCGGAAGCCAGAGGAGGUGAAUGAUGUUUUGGGGUUGAGAGUCAUAUUACAGCCCAGGAGGUUUGAGAGUCAGAGUGCUGAUAUGUUUGAAGGAAUUGGGGUGAGAGCAUGCUAUAGGACCCGUGAAGUUGUACGGUCUAUGUGGAAAGAAAUGCCUCACAGAACGAAAGAUUACAUUGCUAAUCCAAAACCCAACGGCUAUAGGAGUCUACACAUGGCGGUUGAUGUGAGUGAGGAAGGCAGGAGUAGACCCAUCAUGGAAAUACAGAUUAGAACUUCUGAUAUGGAUGUCUUUGCUGCUGGUGGGACAGCAUCCCAUUCCUUGUACAAGGCUGGUCUUACUGACCCAGAAGAGGCGAAGCGGCUCAAGGCCAUAAUGGUGGCUGCAGCUGAACUUGCAGCAUUGCGCCUUAAGGAUUUUCCAUCUACAAAUCAUAAAGGUAUUGAAAAUGACCAACAAAAUAGGGUGUUUCGCCUUCUAGACAAGAACGGAGAUGGUAGGAUCAGCAUUGAGGAACUUAUGGAAGUUAUGGAAGAGCUUGGUGCUCCUGGGGAAGAUGCCCGGGAGAUGAUGAGGCUCCUUGAUUCCAAUAGUGAUGGAUCCCUGAGCUCUGAUGAAUUUGACUUGUUUCAGCAACAGGUGGAAUUUAUGCGUAGUUUGGAAGACAGAGAUGGUCAGUACAAGUUGAUGCUGAAUGAGAAGCUUCAAACGGCAGGAAACAGCAGCUCCAUUCAGGAAUGUAAUGAAAGCUAGCCAUAAUUUCUUGACCAUGUAAAGCGAUGUGAGCGACUCUGAUGACGAGGAAUCAGAUUCUUGCAUGUGCAUCACAGUGUAGAUAACCUUUCACUUCAAUACACCAGUUAUCAGGAAAUUCAGCUUCUAUAUCAAACAUUUGGGCAUUCUCUGCAUCUGUUUCGACAAUUUUUUUGUUGUUGAUUCGAAUGGCCGUCUUCAAUAACCACUCAAACGAUAGACAACAAAGAUCCAGAUAGCAACAACUUUGUUUCAAAUUAGGUUGAUUUCCAGUCAAGGAAGGCGAGAGUGUCUUCCUCCAUGUGUAACAUAUUUACAGCAAAUGAGCUAUUUUCAUAUUCUUACUACGUAUCUUGGUAUGUAUUUUAUGUGUAUAUAUAUAGUACAUGUUUCACUUUGUGCAACUUGAUUUACUAUUGAACAACUAGAGUGUUUGGCCGUUCAGGUUC